AUGGCUUCCUAUGACUCCCGGAGCCUCGGCGAGCUUGGCAUUGACCGCCUAGAUGUAGGCGUGGGUCGCCGAUGGAGGCUGACGGUGGAGCGACUCGAGGAGCACCCGCUCGUCCUCCAAGGCGACGACCAUGUGCGCCACUGCCUCCACCGCCUCCCUUAUGCCCUCCCGUUAGGCCCCGUAGAGCUCGUACUCACAGCCGUAGGUGUUGGCCUGCUCCGCCUCGAACGCGACCCGCGCUUCAAGCUCCGCUCUGUCCGGAUAAUCCAGAUAGCGGAUACGUACUCUACAAACCCCAACCUAAACCUCGCCGUGGUCUCCUACAUAUACGGCCUAAGAAAGCUCCGCCAUGCAGCAGCAGCAACCAACACCAGUCCACCGCCGUACCAAGCAACCUCGACGAUGGUGGACCGCCGCUGCCGCACGUUCACCGUUGCCGCGACGCUCUGCCUCGUCUUCUUUGUGCACGGCGCCAUGGCGCGGCCUCUAGCCAACAUGGCGACAAUAGCGACGGCGCCGGCGACGGCGAUGGAGAUGCCGAUGGACGUGCCCGAUGCAGCGGCGGCGUCUCCGGAGGGAUCGGCCGCCACGUGGGAGCGCGGGGACGAGGCGCUCGGCGCCGGGAAGUGGCUGCCGCUGCCGGCGCUAACGGGCGGCCUGCGGUUCCCGGGGGUCUUCCCGCUCCCUGCGGCGGGCGGCGGGAUCGCGUCGAUGCCGUGGAUCGGCGGCGCGCCGCCGGCGCUGGCGGUCCCGGCCGGAGGAAUCCCUGCGCUUGUGCCGCCGUACGUCGGCGCGACGCGGCAGGAGCAGGUCAGCGUGUGGGCGUCGCUGUUCAACCCGUUUCAGGUCAAGGCGCCGUCGUCGACGUCGGUGCAGGUGCACUCGGAGCCGGGCUCGAGGGUGCCCGCCGUCGCCGGGGCGGGGAUGGAGAGGACGACAGCGGUGGACCAGCCGGCUGGCGUCGGCGCGCAGGUCGGCGAGCCCAAGUGGGGCGUCUUCCUGGGAACAACUACUCCGAAUAUCAACGGCUAG